AUGUCUCUAUCUUCCAAGUUAUCUGUCAAAGAUUUACAAUUGAACGACAAGCGUGUCUUCAUCAGAGUCGACUUCAACGUCCCAUUAGACGGUAAGAAGAUCACUUCUAACCAAAGAAUCGUUGCUGCUUUGCCAACCAUCAAGUACGUCUUGGAACACAACCCAAGAUACGUUGUCUUAGCUUCUCAUUUGGGUAGACCAAAUGGUGAAAGAAACGACAAAUACUCUUUGGCUCCAGUCGCUGAAGAAUUGCAAACUUUGUUGGGUAAGCCAGUCACUUUCUUGAACGACUGUGUCGGUGCUGACGUUGACGCUGCUGUCAAGGCUUCUGCUCCAGGUUCCGUUAUCCUAUUGGAAAACUUGAGAUACCACAUUGAAGAAGAAGGUUCCAGAAAGGUUGACGGUCAAAAGGUUAAGGCUUCUAAGGAAGAUGUCACCAAGUUCAGAGAACAAUUAUCUUCUUUGGCUGAUGUCUACAUUAACGAUGCCUUCGGUACUGCUCACAGAGCUCACUCUUCCAUGGUUGGUUUCGAUCUACCACAAAGAGCUGCUGGUUUCUUGAUGGCCAAGGAAUUGGAAUACUUCGGUAAGGCUUUGGACAACCCAACCAGACCAUUCUUGGCUAUCUUGGGUGGUGCUAAGGUUGCUGACAAGAUUCAAUUGAUUGACAACUUGUUGGACAAGGUCGACUCUAUCAUCAUUGGUGGUGGUAUGGCUUUCACUUUCAAGAAGGUUAUUGAAAACGCUGAAAUCGGUGACUCUAUCUUCGACAAGGCUGGUGCUGAAAUCGUUCCAAAGUUGAUGGAAAAGGCUAAGGCUAAGAACGUCGAAGUUGUUCUACCAACUGAUUUCGUUAUUGCUGACGCUUUCUCCGCCGAUGCUAACACCAAGAUUGUCACUGACAAGGAAGGUAUUCCAGCUGGCUGGCAAGGGUUGGACUGUGGUCCAGAAUCUAGAAAGCUAUUUGCUGCUACCAUUGCAAAGGCUAAGACUAUUGUCUGGAACGGUCCACCAGGUGUUUUCGAAUUCGCCAAGUUCGCUGAAGGUACCAAGGCUAUGUUGGACGAAGUCGUCAAGUCUUCUGAAGCUGGUAACGUUACUAUCAUUGGUGGUGGUGACACUGCUACUGUUGCUAAGAAGUACGGUGUUGUCGAAAAGAUCUCCCAUGUCUCUACCGGUGGUGGUGCUUCUUUGGAAUUGUUGGAAGGUAAGGAAUUGCCAGGUGUUGCUUUCUUGUCUGAAAAGAAAUAA